AUGGCUACCGCUACCGUCACCGAAUUCGUCACCAGGACGGUGAAUGCCAUAGCAGCCACCAGUUCCGCCGCCAACCGAGCAACUCCCCAAGGCGGUGUCUUCGAACAUGUCAAUCCGAGUCACUAUGACCCUAAGAAUCCCAUCAUCCUCUUCAUCAUCCAGGCUGCCAUUGUCAUUAUCAUGACCCGCAUCAUCCAUUGGCCUUUAGCCUUGCUCCGCCAACCCCGGGUCAUUGCGGAGGUCCUCACGGGCAUUCUUCUGGGCCCAUCGGUCAUGGGCAGAAUCCCUGGUUUCACGGCGCACAUCUUUCCCACUGCGUCCAUGCCGGCGUUCACCUUGGCGGCGAACCUCGGCUUGGUGUUGUUCUUGUUCCUCGUCGGCCUGGAGGUGGACUUGCGGUUCUUGGCGAGCAACUGGCGGAUUGCCCUGAGCGUGGGUGCUCUCGGCAUGGUGAUUCCUUUUGGUCUCGGCUGUGCUAUCGCAUGGGGCCUGUAUCGGGACUUCCGGAGUGACGCAGGCCUGGCCCCUAUCAGCUUUGGCGUCUAUAUGCUCUUCAUUGGCGUUGCCAUGGCCAUCACGGCCUUCCCGGUGUUGUGCCGUAUUCUGACGUCGUUGAAACUGCUCGGGACGCCCGUCGGUGUGAUCGUUCUCUCUGCAGGCGUGGGUAACGAUGUCGUCGGCUGGAUAUUACUUGCUCUCUGCGUCGCCCUCGUCAACUCUGGCGCCGGCCUUGCGGCUCUAUGGAUUCUGCUAGUCGCUGUGGGCUAUAUCCUCUUCCUGGUGUUUCUGGCCAAACCUGUCAUGAUGUGGUUCCUGCGAAGGACAGGGAGCCUCGCAAAUGGACCAACACAGACUGUCGUGGCCCUCACCAUCCUCCUUGUUCUGGCGUCAGCGUUUUUCACGGGCAUAAUCGGCAUUCACCCCAUCUUUGGCGCAUUCAUCAUCGGCCUGUUGCUUCCCCAUGAAGGAGGCUUCGCCAUCAAGCUGACGGAGAAGAUUGAGGAUCUCGUCAGCGUUCUGUUCCUACCUCUCUACUUUGCCUUGUCCGGCUUGAGCACCAAUCUGGGGCUCCUCAACGACGGCCUGACGUGGGCUUACGUUGUCGGUGUCUGCGCAAUCGCCUUUAUUGCCAAAAUCGCAGGUGGAACGUUGGCUGCGCGGCUGAAUGGGCUGGUCUGGCGCGAAUCCUUCACCAUUGGCGUACUCAUGUCGUGCAAGGGUCUGGUCGAGUUGAUUGUGCUGAACAUUGGUCUGCAGGCCAAGAUUCUGAGUACCCGCACGUUCACAAUCUUUGUCGUAAUGGCCGUGGUCACCACCUUCGCGACCACCCCGCUCACGGUGUGGCUCUACCCACCAUGGUACCAGCGGAAGCUCGAGCUUUGGAAACAAGGCAAGAUUGACUGGAAUGGGAACCCAAUACGGCGCGCCGGGGACGAUGACACCGAGUCCAGCGAGGCGGAUAUACUACGCAAGACCGACGUUGCCAGACGUAUACUCGUCUACCUCCGCCUAGACGGCCUGCCCAGCUUGUUUACCAUGGUGUCCCUGUUCGCGCAGAAGCCGGAACUAGCAGAGACCCCCCACGUGCCCACCACAACGGCACCCACCGCCACUGGGCACGGGCUAGCCGGCUCUCAAGACGAGCGGCCCGUCAUGAAAAACGCACACGCCCUCAGCUCGGUCGCGACGCUGCGGCGCCCACUACAAGUCCACGGUCUCCGACUCAUGGAGCUGACGGAACGAAACUCCAGCGUGAUGCGCGUCUCUGAGAUUGAGGAAUUUGCCGGGCGCGACCCUGUCAUCAAAGCAUUCGGUACCUUCGGUCAGUCUCGCGACAUCGCGGUCGGGGGCCAAAUUGCCGUCGUGCCCGACUAUUCCUUCUCCGGGACACUGAUUUCACGGGCAAGAGACCUGGCCAGUGAUUUGAUCCUGAUUCCCUGGUCCGAAACGGGUACUCUGUCCGAAUAUCCCAGCCUGUUUGACACCAAGCCGGGGGACGCGCUCGCGAACAAGCAGUUCUCCACCCUCGCGGCGGAGAUGUUCGAGAAAGCCAGGUCGUUGUGCCACGUCGGCGUCGUACUCGACAAGAGUGUCCUGUGCACGCCUAGUUACACUUCCAACGCAAAGCCCGAGUCCCCAGUGGUGGAACGGCCAAACCGUCAACUCAGCAAGACGCUCACAGGCAUGAGUCUGGGCGGCGACUACAUGAACUCGACAGUUCACUUCAAAUUGUCAGACAGCGGACGAUACAGACUGAUCGCGCUAUACCAAUCCGGCAGCGAGGACGACCUGUUCGCCGUGCGUCUGGCGCUCCAACUGGCGAAAAACGACCUCGUAGAUCUCAAGAUCCUGUACGUCCGGAGCGGUGGUGACUCGGACGUCGACAUGGACAGCGAAGACAAGAAACACCACGACUCGAACAAAGUGCGCUCGCUAAAGACGCCGACAGACCACGAAUUCGACGCAUUGCGGUCAAGCAUCCCGACCAGCGAAUCCAGCGCCCGCGUCACGGUCCUCGACGUCGAUGUCCCCGGUUUGGAAGCCCUCACGACAGCCGUGUCUGAGCCCUCUUCCGCAGAGUCCCUGCUCAUCGUUGGUCGUGGAUCGCAUUACGCAGCAGACGGGGCAGACACUGGCGUGUCCGGGUCUGGAGUUCUGUCCCCAUCGGCGGGCCCCUCCUCUGCACGCGACGAUGCCCGUACCUUAGGGCCCUUGGCCACGCAAGUCGUCAAGGUGAUUCGAGACCGACAGAUCGGCGCGAGCGUGCUGGUCGCGCAGGCGAAGAGGGAGAGGGAUGUCGAAACAUAUACCGCUGAGGGGUUUGGUGGGGCUCCCAGCAUGAAGGAUGGCAAGGGGUUAGGUCUGACGAAGAAGCUGACGCAUAUGAGUGAGGACUAA